AUGUAUCAAUUUACUUUUACAUUCCGUUUUACGCCACGUGCCACAUCACGAAUCACUUUCACAGCUUAUAUAACAAAAAAUAAUUUUCGUAAUAUUUUUUUCUUACAGAGCAGCUAUUUCGAAUAUGAGAGUGAAACAGAAGACUACAAUUAUUCCGAAGAUGAUUAUGCUUAUGCCUAUACGGUGGACGAUGUUGAAGCACAAGCCAUGGCCGAUGGUGAUUCUGAUGAUGAGGUGUUCGUUCCUUACAAUCCAGGUGAUAACACAUCAGCCGAUUUACUUAUAGACGCUGAUUCAGAAACCAUAACAUCCGUAUCGAGCGCAAGUGAAACGGAACCGCCACCAGAGAAACAAACUCAACUGGAAGUGGCCGCCAGUACUUCGGCUGUUCUUAAUGUAUUGUUAUUCCAUCCAACUUGUAUUUUGCAAUAG